UGAAGGGGCGGGGCUUCGGUUCUGCAGUCGCUACAAAGAUGGCAACGUCCAUAGCGCUCAGCCUGGAUAACUUACCGUCUGAUCCAUUACUGCUGGUGCUGUCAUUUCUGGACUUCCGAGAUCUGAUAAGCUGCAGUUUUGUCAGUCGUCGACUCAAUGAGCUGACAGGCCAUAACCCCCUAUGGAAGAGACUUUGUCAGAAGCACUGGCUCCUUACAGAGGCAGACAAAACUCACAGAGGCCUGGCAUGGAAAGAGCUGUUUCGGGAAUAUUAUGCUGAUCUGGGCCGUUACAUUGACUAUUACAGCACUCUCAAGAAAGCCUGGGAUGACCUGAAGAACUACCUGAAUCAGAAAUGUCCCCGAAUGAUAGCUUCACUUAAAGAGGGAGUGAGGGAGGAAGAGCUAGACACCAUUGAGGCCCAGAUUGGCUGCAAACUGCCUAAUGACUACCGUUGCUCCUAUAGGAUACACAAUGGACAGAAACUGGUGGUCCCUGGGCUGAUGGGCAGCAUGGCUUUGUCCAAUCACUAUCGCUCAGAGGACCUGUUGGAUAUUGAGACCGCAGCGGGGGGAUUUCAGCAGAGGAAGGGAAUGCGGCAGUGUCUUCCACUCACAUUUUGCUUCCACACUGGCCUCAGCCAGUACAUGGCCUUGGAGAGCACAGAGGGACGAACACGCAGUGAGAUCUUCUAUCAAUGCCCGGAUCAACUGGCACAAGAUCCCUCUGCGAUUGACAUGUUCAUUACAGGUCCUAACUUUACUGACUGGUUUACUUCCUAUGUUGACAAUGUUGUAACAGGAGAAUACCCCAUCAUUCGGGACCAGAUCUUCAGGUAUGUUCAUGACAAGCGCUGUGUGGCAACCACUGGUGACAUCACAGUAUCAGUCUCUACCUCCUUCCUGCCAGAGCUCAGUUCAGUCCAUCCGCCACACUUUUUCUUCACCUACAGAAUCAGGAUUGAGAUGGCAAAGUCGGCCCUGCCAGAGAAUGCAUGCCAGCUAGACAGUCGGUACUGGAAGAUCACAAAUGCAAACGGAAAUGUGGAGGAGGUCCGUGGCCCUGGUGUUGUGGGCGAGUUUCCAGUGAUGACACCCGGUAAAGUGCACGAGUACGCCAGCUGCACCACAUUUUCCACCACCUCUGAGUACAUGGAGGGCCACUACACAUUCCACCGGCUCAAGAACAAAGAGGAAGUGUUUGACGUUUCAAUCCCACGCUUCCACAUGGUGUGCCCACCAUUCCGUGAAUCAAUGGUGCGGUCGAGCUCAGUCAGUGAGGUGUCUGCUCCUUAUGAUGAUGAGAAUUCAUCGGACACAGACGACUACGAGGAGGGAGAAAUGCGUGGCAUGAACAUGGCUGACCCAGGAGGACGCUGCCCUCGACAUGUCUGAUGCACUUUUACAUGCCCCGGCCAACACCCGCCCACAGAUACUGACGCACAGACACACUCGCACAAACAGGAGAGCAGGAGGACAAACAGGGCUUUUAGGCAUCUAUUGUUUAUUGUGCAGCGUUCUUGUGCCUGUCACCUCUUGAACGUUUUCUCCAGUUUCUGAGGGCAUGUGUCUGGUUGUGGCAUAUCUGUGGACGUGUGAGAUCAUUGUACGUGUGUUUGAGUCUGCAAGUGUGUUUUGCGAUUGAGAGUGAGGGAGUUUAUUGAAUGCAUGUGAGAUUCUGUGAAAUUGGCUCUUCUUGCCUGGGUUUCACAAUGACCUGCCACUUACCUAAAGCAAUAGUUCAGCCAAAAAUUGAAAUGUACUCAUCUUUGUCAUUCCAAACCUGCAUGUCUUUCCAUCUCCUGUGGAACACAAAAGAAUAUUUGAAUAUAGUUUGUCCAUGCAGUGAAAGUGGAGUCCAGUGUUGUUUUAGACCCACUGACUUUAAUUUUAUGGACUACAAAAAAAAUUGUUUAAAAACAGACAAAAGACGUGUUUGACAGAAGUAAAGACAAUCAUACAGGUUUGGGACGACAUGGUAACAAAAUUAUUUUUGCUUGAACUAUCCCUUUAAAUCCUUACAAUUACAGAGCACGAGGAGAAAUUAUGACACUACUAUUAGUAGAAAAGUACACGCACACUGUAUCACUGUGUGUGUUUGUAUAUAAUUUAUAGAUAUAUAGAUUGAAUGCGUAACAGAAUGGCUAAAAUAAAUUGAUCCCAUUCAUUUCCUCCACAAGGCCUCAGGUAUUGUGUAUGUGCUUGUGUAUAUAUGUUUGUUCUUGUCGUCUGAACUAAGGGUUUUGGGGACAGGCUGAGGUCCAGAUCUUCUGAAGUGAAACUGAUUUAUUUAAAGAGGAGUAAAAAGCACAUAGACCCAAACCAGCCAGUUCACACAAACAUCAGCUAACCUGUGUUAGCAAUCAUUUUUAGUUACUUGCUCUAGUUCUGAGGUGUUCAGAGGUGCUUUUGGCCUGUUCUCAGAAAUGCUGGAUGGAUGUAAACCGAAGGUCAGCCAGAAUACAUUGAUGUAGUGUAAAGGAUCAUUUUAGCUCUGAUUAUCUUAAGGGCUGGAGGUUACACAGACUGGUGUGAAUAGCAAAAUAAGAUAAUUUUAUGAGAAGUUUAUGGCAUUAUUGUGACUUUCCACAUUUUUUCUUCUUUAAAUCCUGUGCAAGAGGUAAAUGAUCAGAAAAAUGUCUUUGUUGUACAGUUUUUUUUAUUUUAUUUUUUUCAGAAUGAAAUCUAGGCAGACUUUAAGAAUUUCUCUGCUUUUUUCUUCCCUUUCCCUUCCUAAUGGGAAUGUGAGCUAAUCUUGCCUAGAGAAAUGUACGAUUUUGAUUUUCAUGUUUAUGAUUGCAAUUAUAUGUUAUCAUCUUUGUAAAAUAAUGCUGUGCGGUGAGAUUUUUCAACAGUUUGCUAUUAUGUUCUGUUUAGCCCUUUUGAACCUCUCAGAUUAGUUAAUAACUCCCUUUUUUUUUUUUUUGUCCGUGUGAGGGUUUUUUUGUUUGUUUGUUUUUUUUGGAGUAAAUAAAAAGGUAAUGGUGUAUCAAUACCGUGUUUCACUACUACAUUGUUCGUUUACAUUCUUGUUGUGAUCAGGAUGCUUUCUACUAUCUCAGCACAAAGAGGCUGUUGAUCUAUUUUUCACCAGCCAGUGCUAUUGUCUCAUGCUGGAAUAUCUCUGAAAACACUUAUUGUUCUCACAACACAAAACUUAGAGUCAUUUCUGUCACUCCGACCCAAAUCCUAACCCUAACCCACCACAAUAGUGUCAGUUGUCAUGGCAACAUGUUGAAGAGGCCUUGUUGUUGUCAGACUGAUGUUUCUUUGUUGAGCUGUUUUGUUUUUUGGCAC